CCCAACGGAUUCCAACACCAAAAAGGAGAGGCUUGAGUAAAAUGGCUCCUCAUUAUCUAAUUUCCAUUAUAUCUUCUCUGCUAAUAGCCUUAUUAGUAACCUUAGAAGGAACUUAUGCAGUUACUUAUGAAGUUAAAGACAGGGCUGGUGGACCCCGUUUCAGAAACCAAAUCGGUGUCAAAUACAGCAAAAGCAUCCUACAAAAAGCCUCGGAGUUUAACUGGAGAGUCUUCAAACAAUCCCCUUCUCAGAGGAAAAAUGUGAACACUCUUAAACUGUUUGUGGAGAACAUGGAUGGCGUCGCAUAUGCUAGCAACGGUGAGAUACAUGUCAGUGCUAAGUACUUAUCUGGUUACAACGGGGACGUAAAAAGAGAGUUCACUGGUGUUAUUUAUCAUGAGGCUACACACAUUUGGCAGUGGAACGGAAACGGAAAUGCACCUGGAGGCUUGAUCGAAGGGAUUGCUGAUUAUGUUAGGUUGAAGGCUAAGCAUGCACCGUCUCAUUGGGUUAAACCUGGUGGUGGUGAUAGAUGGGACCAAGGUUACGACGUGACUGCAAGGUUCUUGGAAUAUUGUAAUAGUCUUAGAAGUGGGUUUGUUGCAGAUCUUAACAGAAAGAUGAAGAAUGGCUACAGCGAUAGAUUCUUUGUCGAUUUGUUGGGAAAAAAUGUUAAUCAGUUGUGGAGGGAUUAUAAGAAAAAGUAUGGCAAGUGAUUAUCAUCAGCUUAGUGUAUAAUUCCAUA